CCACCACUUUGUCAUGAAAUGCAAGUUUGAAGCAAGUACAAUCUUUCUUCUUCUUCUUCUUCUUCUCCUUCUUAUUUAUUAUUAUUAUUUUUGUCCCCUUUGCAAUGGGGUCCCAGCAGCUGCUUAGGGGACAGAGGCCGACUGUCUUGUGCCAAUUGAAGAAUGAAAAAAAUUUUGGACCCACAAGCUAGGCCUUCUUGAUCUUCUUCUUCUUCUUCUUUUUCUUCUUCUCUAUAUUAUAAUUUAUACUGUGUAUACUGAAUAAGUACCAAACUUACUGAAGGAGACAAAACAGAAUGUGUUCCAUAUUCCAUUCCUUUCCUCCAAAUAAUCUCCAAGAAGAGCAUCUUCUCUUUCCACCAUUUCCCCCCCUUCAUUUUCUUUAAUUAUUUGUAUCUAAUUCCGAAGUUUUGUAGGUGCCCUAGUCAACAGAAUCUUCUUCUACAUUCUUCACCUAAUUAAGCCCCAUCUCCAUUGCUAUAUUAAUAAUAAUUUUUAAUAUUCCUCCAAUAUAUUUUGCAUUGCCAACUGAAAAAACGACUCCAAGACCAAGCUGAAAGGAAAAAAGCUAGCUAGCUUAGCUGAUAUAUAGAAAUUCCAAGAAUCUUCCAUGGAGGACUUGGGGAUGAAGGGUUGGCUUUUCAAGGUUUCCAAGACAAAGAGGCAUAGUGGAUUCCCCCUGCAGUACAAGUCAGAAAAUUCUCUCUCUCUCUCUCCCCCCCUCUCUCUUAAGACUCUGGGAAUAAGAUUCCUAGCUUAGGACAACGAAUACGAAUGCUCAAGAAGAAAAACAAAUAAAAAUCUCUGGUGGAUCAAUUCCGGGGUACCUAAUGCAAGGCAUGAGCUAGCUGUUUUUGUAUCAGAAAAACAGACUAUGAAAUCAAAAAUAGAGAAUGGAAAGUGGAGAAAAUACAUAGAGGCCCCCACAGUUGGCAAAGUAGGAAGGACAAUAUCUCUUUUCAAGUCGCUGUGAAUAUUGGGAUUGGGGCUGUGUCCAAGAUUCUAUAUGCUUCUCCAACCCUGCCCCCACCACACCCCAGUUUUGCUUAUAAAGCCAUUCCAGCCACACUUGUUUGGCUUGUGAGAGAUUUCCCAGAAUAAGAAAACCAACAUAUAUUAUUAAUAACCAAUAGUAAUAUCCCCAGUUACAAGCAAAGCUAAGCUAAGCUAAGCUAAGCUCUACCAGUUUACCAGUUGUGAAGCAAAGCAGCAGCCUGAUUGGAUCAACAGGCAAAAAAAAAAAAAAAAAGAUAAAGAUAUGUACCAUCACCAGCAACAUCAAGUGAAGAACAUACAAGGUUCUUCAAGAAUGGGUAUGCCUCCUGAGAGGCAUUUGUUUCUGCAAGGUGGUAAUGGCCCUGGAGAUUCAGGACUUGUCCUCUCAACUGAUGCUAAGCCUAGACUCAAGUGGACUCCGGAUCUCCACGAGCGUUUUAUAGAAGCAGUCAAUCAGCUAGGAGGAGCAGACAAGGCUACUCCUAAGACAGUCAUGAAACUCAUGGGGAUUCCAGGACUCACAUUAUACCACCUCAAGAGUCAUCUACAGAAGUACAGGCUGAGUAAGAGUCUGCAUGGACAAGCCAAUAUUGGCGCAGCUGGGAAAAUUGGUACUGUUGCAGUGGCUGCAGAUAGAAUAUCUGAAGCAACUGGUCCCCAUUUGAACAACUUAAGCAUUGGACCCCAAUCAAAUAAAGGCUUACAUUUAAGCGAAGCACUACAAAUGCAAAUUGAAGUUCAAAGAAGGCUUCAUGAGCAGCUUGAGGUUCAGCGCCACUUACAGCUUCGAAUAGAAGCUCAAGGAAAAUACCUGCAAUCAGUGCUGGAAAAAGCCCAGGAGACACUAGGAAGACAAAACUUAGAGCUGAAAGAACUGCAAGGAGUAUGCCCUCAGCAACAAACACUCCUCCAAACAACCCAACCCCCAGAUUGCUCCAUGGAUAGCUGCUUGACCUGUGAUGGAUCCACUCAAAAGGACCAAGAAUUUCACAACACUACUAGUGGGAUGGUACCGCAGCUGAGACCCAGUAAUAACGACCAGAUCAAUCAUAUCAAUGCAGAAGAUCAUCAUCUCAUGCUGCAGAAGAGUGGCACUCAUGAUCAGCUGCCCAAAUGGUGCCAUGAUCACGAAGACCCCAAAGAGACCAACAUGUUAAUUGGCAAGGAUAUAAUUGCAGAUCAAAGAAGAUCGAGAACGUUGUUCCCUGUAGAAAGAAGCUCCAGUACUACAGCAACUGGAUUAUCCAUCAGCAUUCAUGGAGGAGAAAAAGCUGCAGGGAGUGGAGGUAGCAAUAACGGGUAUUGCGACAUUGGAAGAAUGAAGGGAAGAGACACAACAGAAGAUGACAACUUUCUUGAGAGAAUUAGCAGCAGCAGCAGUAGUGGUAGAGUAGCAGUUGAUCAACUUCUUCAUCAUCAUCAUCAUAAUAAUCAUCAUCAGCAGCAGAUUAAAGAUCACCACCACGAGCAAGGGGUUUCUCAUCAUCAAGGAUAUAGAUCAUCACUGCCUAAUUACUUUGCAGCAGCAGCAGCAGCAAAACUAGAUCUGAAUGCUCAUGAUCAUGAGAAUGAUUCUUCUUCAAGUUGCAAACAGUUCGACUUGAAUGGCUUCAGCUGGAGCUAGGUGACCAGGUCAGAGAGAGUUUAUAAGGAUGAUAGGUGAGAGAAAUUAAGUGCAAAAAAUCAACAAAAAAGGUUGCGCAAAAGCAAUUUCAGCUUCAUUCACAUGAUCAUAUGUAGGAUAGUGAUGAUCAUGAGCUAGCUAGCAUACGAUCAAUUUGCAUGCUUGAUAGCAUGCUGAUCUGAUCUAGCUACUUCUAUGGCCCAGAUCUGAUCUAGCAUAUGAUCAUGUCCAGGAUGCCAUUCCAUCGGUGAAUGGUAUCGGAAUGUGUUAGAGUCAAUUAACUAGUUGAAUAAAUUAAGUUGCAUUGAUAAUUUAAUUAAUUAAGAGGAUAAUAAUGCAUGCGAUUUAGAAGCUGUACACAAGCAUGCAAAUUGUAUCCUGUAAUUUUACUAUUUCAUAUAACAUAUAAUUUGAUAGAGAGUUUCCAGGAGGGAGAAUGCUUCAUUUAAGCCUUAUACAUACCCGUAUAUAUGUUCCUAUAUAUGUAUAAUUUGCUCCAGCACUUUUAUGUUUACUUAUAAUUUGUGACUCA